AUGAAGAUGCUGAUCGAGAAACAAGCGGCGGCGGCGGCUUCCCGCCUCAACAGUCCCUCGCGCCUCGAGGCCUUUGCUGCGGACUCGCCCCCGCAUCGUCGCCGCCCGCGUACCCCCACAAAAGUGGGCAGCGGCGGCGGCGGCGGUGGCCGCGGCGGUCGGAGUGAUAAGAGCGAUGAUCGGGGUGGGGCCCCGUCCCCUUCUCCCCGACAUACAUCUCCCGGAGGCGGGAUCGCGCUCUCCGAGUUAGUCUCAGCAACAACCCCUCCAAGAAGACGGUCUUCGGCGAUAAAGCUGGAUGCCAGGGGUGGGAAUGAGGGUGCGGAACUCCGUCGGUCCUUGGCUCAGGAAACCUACACCAAAACGUUUACUGGGAUGCAGGUGCAACAUGAUAGUCUAGACCACCACUUCGCCGGAUGCAACGUAGAAUCCUCAUCGGUGGACCUGAGCGUCGGGGCAGAGCGCACAACCGUGCUCAAGGCCGUCAGCGAGGGCGAGACUCGUUUCCGAUCGAUGGCCAUGGCGAGCGACACGGACCUGGGCUUUCCGUCCCCAGACGGACCUGGGCGGCAAUUCCUUGCAGAGUUCGGCGAGUUCCCCGUGUACCUCGUCAACCGCGACAUGCAGGUGAAAAUCGCAUCAACGGGCGAGCUUUAUCCCAUGAUGCCUCCCGGCCCUGUCGACGAGAAAAGGAGGGGUUUGGGGCCAGGCGAGGGGCGGGACGAGGCAAUCGUGGCGGCAAGUCGAGAGAGAGAAAAGCGUCCAGCGCGGGACUGGGGCGUUCAACAGGUGUUAGACUGGCUGGAAGAUGAGCUGGAGCUGGGGGAGUACCGGAGGGAGUUUGCAAGGGCAAAGGUGGAUGGGGCCCUUCUCCUCAACCUCGAGAAAAUUAAGGACAAGGAGGAAGAGGAGAUGGGCAAGAAGUACGCCGACAUGGACGACUACGUGAAGCGCUUAGACAGAGAUCGUGUCCGCCUCGUGACCAAGCUCAAGGUGGUCUUCGACCGCUUCGACAAGCGCGGAGAGGGUACCAUAUCGGCCGCCAACGCGCGCGAUGCGCUGCUGUACAUGGGCCGCGACAUUUCCGGGGAGGCGUGCGCCUCGUGGCUGGCGGACAGGGAGAGACAUCGCGGCGACAGCGGGGGGCAGGGCGGCGACAUAUCAUUCGUAGACUUUUGUACAGCGUACUCUGCUCUUUUCGCCGACGAGGACCCAUAUAUAGACUUAGGUGAAACAUGGGGUCCCGGGGGCGGUCCCAAGGAGCAGGGCGUAUCGGUAACGGGGUCAGGACACGUCCGUCUCAGGCAGAAGAAGUCGGCCCAAGGUCGCGGCGACGGGGCACACGGGUCGUGGGCGCCAGGAAGUUCCGAGGACGAGGAAGAGUUUCGGACAGGGAGCAGCAGGCACUCACCCCAUCGAAAGACCCCCCGAGGAGACGGUGUCGAGGACACCAGCAACAACGGAGAUGAUCACUACCGCGAUCAUGCUCAAGCUGAGGCCUUCGAAGCCCUCCGAUCGGUGAAGAAGCUGGCAGAAGUGAAGCGCGUGUUUGACCGGUUCGCCGUGGACGGCAUGCUGACCACCUACGAGGCCCUGCAAGCGCUAACAGAGGCCGGGUGCACGGCGCCGAGGACGCACGCUGGACGAUACCUGCGCUCCCGGCGCUUCUUCGGCUUGCGCAGAGAGGUGUGCUUCCGGGGGGGGUUGACAGUCGCCCUCUCAGGAGAUUUGACGGGCGCGAGUGGUUUGGGGAUGGUAGGAGCGCUUGUUGAAGGGAAGCCGAACUCCCAAUUUACGCGCCUCACGACCCAGGUGACGUUCUUCGAGUUUCUACGAUCGAUGGCCGCGCUCGGAGUCCACGAUUCCGGGGCACACGUUACCGGCUUUGCGCCUUCGAUGAUACCUCUGGGCGGCGGUGGCAGUAGUAUCCCAUUCAAAGCCCGCCGUAGCAGUCGAGGACCGAGAGACGACGACGACGACGACGACGACGACGAGUACAUGAGCGUCAGUGGUAAACGUGGAGGCGGCAGAAGUGGCAGCCGCAGGCGAACAAGGCGGCGAGGACGCUCCGGAGAAGGAAGAGCCUACGACGACGACGAAGACCAAGGAGGUUCCACCAGCACGAGUGCUGACGACGAAGACGACCGACACCGGCGCAGCCCAGUCCCUCAUCGAGGGGUAUCGCCUAGAAGGGUCAUGGGGGCGGGGGGAGUCAGCCGCGGGCGAGGGCUCGGUAGCGGUAGCGGCGGCGACUACGGCGAGACGAGACGCUCUAGAUCGGCGUCGAGAAAGCGACGACCAAGCUAUUCUCCCCGGAGAUCAAGGAGCCGGUUGGCGGAUUCGGGCGCAAGUAGUUCCGAUAUCGAGGAGGACAAGGACGGCUCUCCCUCCCGGAGAGGAAGACGAGCCAUGAGGCACAAGCGCGACAAGCAUAGGUCACGGUACGGGCGGGAAGGUGGAAAAAGGUUGACAUCCGAGGAGAGCGACACCGGUGAUGACGGUGACCGAAGUGACGGCAGCGCGUUUGGAAGCAGAGGUAGAGGCCGUCGCGGCAGUGUCCCGCAGGAGGAGCGUGGUGGUCGCGAGCGACAGCAAACCAGGAGCCGCGGAGGGGGUCGCAAUAUCGAGGACGACGAUCACGACCGCACCCGCGACCGAGAUCGGCACCGGGAAAAGCAUCUUGCCGGUGGUCGGCCUUCAGACCGCGAUAAACUGAGGAAGAGAGAGAGCGGGCGGGGUGCCGGCAGCGGCAGCGGCAGCGACGGAGCAAGAGGGCCAAGUUCGGCCAGGUCUCGUCGCAAGGCGAGCUCGCCUAGCAGGGACGAGUCGAAUGAAGGGCGCAGUUGCCAAGAAACACGAGGCGGGCCCGCUAGCAGCUUUUCCCGUGGAGAUAGAGUCGAGGCGAGAUAUCGCGCUCGUGGUACAAAGUUCUACAAGGGCACCAUUUCCAGAGUCAACAGCGACGAUACCGUCGAUGUAGCAUACGAUGAUGGAGAGAAAGAGAUUGGCAUUGCGACAGAGCACGUUCGAUCUUUGGAACCAGGGGCAAGUGGCGGUGGCGGUAGGACGAGAGGAAGCACCAUGGCUAGGGGAGACAGAGUAGAGGUGAGGUACCGCGGGAAGGGGACCAACUUCUACAAGGGCAACAUCUCACGCGUGAACUCCGACGGCACUAUGGACAUAACGUAUGACGAUGGUGAGAAAGAGAUUGGGAUUGCACCAGAGCAUGUUCGAUCUUUGGAGCCGCAAACAAACGCAGGUAGUGGCGGGGGAAGGGGCCACACAAUGGCCAGGGGAGAUAGAGUCGAGGUGAGGUACCGUGGGAAGGGGACCAAGUUCUACAAGGGCAAGAUAUCGCGCGUAAAUUCCGAUUGCACCAUGGACAUAGCCUACGAUGAUGGCGAGAAGGAGAUUGGGAUUGCGGCGGAGCACGUUCGAUCCUUGGAGCAGUCAACCAGUGAAGGUGGCCGUGGUGGUGGUGGUAGAGCAAGGGCUCCGACGUUGAUGGAAGGGGACAAGGUCGAGGCCAACUUCCGAGGUCGGGGGAGAUUCUAUCCGGGACGAAUCAGCAGGGUCAACGUGGAUGGGACCUUCAACAUCGACUAUGACGACGGUGAGAAGGAACGCGGGGUCACAGACGAUCUGAUCCGGGCCAGCGAUCGAGGAAAUGCCCACCGCGACGAGGGUCGAAGCGGGGGAAGCGGCAGGCUCGAGAGGGGAGACAGAGUCGAGGCGAAGCACCGUGGAAGGGGGAGCAAGUUCUACAAGGGCAAGAUCUCGCGGGUCAACUCCGACGGCACGUUUGAUAUUUCCUAUGAUGAUGGCGAGAAGGAGAUUGGGAUUGCGGCGGAGCACGUUCGAUCGUUGGAGCCGAAAAACAGCACAGGUGACAAUGACGUGAUUGGAAGCGGGAUGGCCAAGGGAGACAGGGUCGAGGUGAGGUACCGCGGGAAGGGGACCAAGUUCUAUAAGGGCAAGAUCUCGCGGGUCAAUUCCGACGACACCAUGGACAUAGCCUACGAUGAUGGUGAGAAGGAGAUUGGGAUUGCGGCGGAGCACGUUCGAUCUUUGGACCGGCCAAUCAGUGCAGGUGGGGGUGGAGAGAGGCGGGGCAGGCUCGAGCGGGGAGACAGAGUCGAGGCGAGGUGCCGCGGGAAGGGGAGCAAGUUCUACAAGGGCAAGAUCUCGCGAGUCAAUUCCGACGACACGUUGGAUAUAGCCUACGAUGAUGGUGAGAAAGAGAUUGGGAUUGCGGUGGAGCACGUUCGAUCUUUGGACCGGCCAAUCAGUGCAGGUGGGGGUGGAGAGAGGCGGGGCAGGCUCGAGCGGGGAGACAGAGUCGAGGCGAGGUACCGCGGGAAGGGGAGCAAGUUCUACAAGGGCAAGAUCUCGCGAGUCAAUUCCGACGACACGUUGGAUAUAGCCUACGAUGAUGGUGAGAAAGAGAUUGGGAUUGCGGUGGAGCACGUUCGAUCUUUGGACCGGCCAAUCAGUGCAGGUGGGGGUGGAGAGAGGCGGGGCAGGCUCGAGCGGGGAGACAGAGUCGAGGCGAGGUACCGCGGGAAGGGGAGCAAGUUCUACAAGGGCAAGAUCUCGCGAGUCAAUUCCGACGAGACCAUGGAUAUAACCUACGAUGAUGGUGAGAAAGAGAUUGGGAUUGCGACGGAGCACGUACGGUCUUUGGAGCCACAAAUCAACGCAGGCGAUAGUGACGCGAACGGAAGCAGGAUGGCAAAGGGCGACAGGGUCGAGGUGAGGUACCGUGGGAAGGGGACCAAGUUCUACAAGGGCAAGAUAUCGCGAGUAAAUUCCGACGCGACUUUCGAUAUAUCGUAUGACGAUGGUGAGAAGGAGAUUGGGAUUGCGGCGGAGCACGUGCGAUCCUUGGAGCAGUCAACCAGUGAAGGUGGCCGUGGUGGUAGUGGUAGAGCAAGGGCUCCGACGUUGAUGGAAGGCGACAAGGUCGAGGCCAACUUCCGAGGUCGGGGGAGGUUCUAUCCGGGACGAAUCAGCAGGGUCAACGUGGACGGGACCUUCAACAUCGACUAUGACGACGGUGAGAAGGAACAUGGGGUCACAGACGAUCUGAUCCGGGCCAGCGAUCGAGGAAGCUCUCAGCGUGACGAGGGCCGAAGCGGGGCAAGCGGCAGGCUCGAGAGGGGAGACAGAGUCGAGGCGAGGUACCGUGGAAGGGGGAGCAAGUUCUACAAGGGCAAGAUCUCACGCGUUAACUCCGACGGCACGUUCGAUAUUUCCUAUGAUGAUGGCGAGAAGGAGAUUGGGAUUGCGGCGGAGCACGUUCGAUCGUUUGAGUCGCAACGAAAUGCAGACGAAAAUCACGUGAUAGGAAGCGGGAUGGCCAAGGGAGAUAGAGUCGAGGUGAGGUACCGUGGGAAGGGGACCAAGUUCUACAAGGGCAAGAUCUCACGCGUUAACUCCGACGGCACGUUCGAUAUUUCCUAUGAUGAUGGCGAGAAGGAGAUUGGGAUUGCGGCGGAGCACGUUCGAUCGUUUGAGUCGCAACGAAAUGCAGACGAAAAUCACGUGAUAGGAAGCGGGAUGGCCAAGGGAGAUAGAGUCGAGGUGAGGUACCGUGGGAAGGGGACCAAGUUCUACAAGGGCAAGAUAUCACGAGUAAAUUCCGACGCGACUUUCGACGUAGCCUACGAUGAUGGCGAGAAGGAGAUUGGGAUUGCGGCGGAGCACGUUCGAUCGUUUGAGUCGCAACGAAAUGCAGACGAAAAUCACGUGAUAGGAAGCGGGAUGGCCAAGGGAGAUAGAGUCGAGGUGAGGUACCGUGGGAAGGGGACCAAGUUCUACAAGGGCAAGAUAUCACGAGUAAAUUCCGACGCGACUUUCGACGUAGCCUACGAUGAUGGCGAGAAGGAGAUUGGGAUUGCGGCGGAGCACGUUCGAUCUUUGGAUAGGCCAACCAGUGCAGGCGGACGUGGUCCGGGGAGGAGGGCUCCGACGUUGAUGGAAGGCGACAAGGUCGAGGCCAACUUCCGAGGUCGGGGGAGAUUCUAUCCGGGACGAAUCAGCAGGGUCAACGUGGAUGGGACCUUCAAUAUCGACUAUGACGACGGUGAGAAGGAACACGGGGUCACAGAUGAUCUGAUCCGGGCCAGCGAUCGAGGAAGCUCUCAGCGUGACGAGGGUCGAAGCGGGCAAAGCAGCAGACUCGAGAGGGGAGACAGAGUCGAGGCGAGGUACCGCGGGCGGGGCACCAAGUUCUACACGGGCAAGAUCUCGCGAGUAAAUUCUGACGCGACUUUCGAUGUAUCGUAUGACGAUGGCGAGAAGGAGAUUGGGAUUGCGGCGGAGCACGUUCGAUCGUUGGAGUCGCCACCCAGCCCAGGUGGCCGUGGUGGUAGUGGUAGAGCAAGGGCUCCGACGUUGAUGGAAGGCGACAAGGUCGAGGCCAACUUCCGAGGUCGAGGGAGGUUCUAUUCGGGACGAAUCAGCAGGGUCAACUUGGAUGGGACCUUCAAUAUCGACUAUGACGACGGUGAGAAGGAACGCGGGGUCACAGAUGAUCUGAUCCGGGCCAGCGAUCGAGGAAAUGCCCACCGCGAUGAGGGUCGAAGCGGGGGAAGCGGCAGGCUCGAGAGAGGAGACAGAGUCGAGGCGAGGUACCGUGGAAGGGGGAGCAAGUUCUAUAAGGGCAAGAUCUCGCGGGUCAACUCCGACGGCACGUUCGAUAUUUCCUAUGAUGAUGGCGAGAAGGAGAUUGGGAUUGCGACGGAGCACGUACGGUCUUUGAAGUCAGUUGAGGCCGCAACUGGUGAGAGAGGAAGCGGGAUGGCCAAGGGAGACAGGGUCGAGGCGAGGUACCGCGGGAAGGGGACCAAGUUCUAUAAGGGCAAGAUCUCGCGAGUCAAUUCCGACGACACAUUCGACAUAGCCUACGAUGAUGGUGAGAAGGAGAUUGGGAUUGCGAUGGAGCACGUUCGAUCUUUGGACCGGCCAAUCAGUGCAGGUGGCCGUGGUCGGGGGGAAAGGAUGACCAGGGGCGAUAGAGUCGAGGCGAGGUACCGUGCAAGGGGUACGAAGUUCUACAAGGGCAAGAUCUCGCGAGUCAAUUCCGAUGAGACCAUGGAUAUAACCUACGAUGAUGGUGAGAAAGAGAUUGGGAUUGCGGCGGAGCACGUGCGGUCUUUGGAGCCGCAACACAACGCAGGCGAUAGUGACACAAACGGCAGCAGGAUGGCAAAGGGAGACAGGGUCGAGGUGAGGUACCGUGGGAAGGGGACCAAGUUCUACAAGGGCAAGAUAUCGCGAGUAAAUUCCGACGCGACUUUCGAUAUAUCGUAUGACGAUGGUGAGAAGGAGAUUGGGAUUGCGGCGGAGCACGUUCGAUCCUUGGAGCAGUCAACCAGUGAAGGUGGCCGUGGUGGUAGUGGUAGAGCAAGGGCUCCGACGUUGAUGGAAGGCGACAAGGUCGAGGCCAACUUCCGAGGUCGGGGGAGGUUCUAUCCGGGACGAAUCAGCAGGGUCAACGUGGAUGGGACCUUCAACAUCGACUAUGACGACGGUGAGAAGGAACACGGGGUCACAGACGAUCUGAUCCGGGCCAGCGAUCGAGGAAGCUCUCAGCGUGACGAGGGCCGAAGCGGGCAAAGCAGCAGACACGAGAGGGGAGACAGAGUCGAGGCGAGGUACCGCGGGCGGGGCACCAAGUUCUACAAGGGCAAGAUCUCGCGGGUCAACUCCGACGGCACGUUCGAUAUUUCCUAUGAUGAUGGCGAGAAGGAGAUUGGGAUUGCGGCGGAGCACGUUCGAUCGUUUGAGUCGCAACGAAACACAGACGGAAGGCUGGCGUCUCGGAGCAGGAGCCCAAGCACCCGUCAGGGGCGAGAUGACAAUGCAAGCGAGGACUUCGCCGAGGGUGAUAAAGUGGAGGGGCGUUUCGGUGGACGGUCACGCUGGUUCAGGGCAACCGUGGAAAGGAAGAAUAGAGAUGGAACGUACUGGCUUGUUUAUGCCGAUGGGGACGAGGAACGAGCGGUGGAAAACAGCCUUAUUAGAAGACUUGGACGCGAUGGCGGUGGUGGUGCUGCAGUCGCAUCACCAACAAGCCGCUUCAAAGCGAUGGCUGGUCAUGUCAGCGCGAGAAACACGAUAGACGAUGAGCAAGUGAAGUCUCGCCGAGGUAUACAAGGCGGACAACCGAGCUCCAGCCGUCGUGAUAGCGGACGAGGUUCGAGGUCCGGUUCUGGAAACGGUGCCGACGAUGGUGAUGGUCCGACGCUUCUUGAAGGUGACCUCGUAGAAGGCAACUUCCAAGGCCGGGGGCGGUUUUACUCUGGGCGAAUUAGUAGAAUCAAUCUCGACGGCACGUUCAACAUCGACUACAAUGAUGGCGAGAAGGAGCGGGGGGUGAAGAGGGAUAUGAUUCGCUCCGUCGACAGCAUUCCUGCCGGGGCACGCCAAAGUCGAAGAGGCGGUAGCUACCAGUGA